CUAAAAGUUGACCUUUUAUUUAUUGAAUUAUUUGUGUAAUUAAUUUUAUUCCUUAAUUAAGGAAUGAGUCGUCUUAAAAUGUUAAUAUGCGUUUUAGAAACAAACCGUGUUUGUUGAGUAUUUUGUUAAUUUUAACGACGAUAUGCGUUGUUUAUGUAGAAAUAUUUUCUUAUUACUUAAAUACGUAUCAUUGGUAUCAAAUAGAAUGUCUUCACCCGGAUAAAUGUACCAAAAUAUUAUUAGUAGCCGAUCCCCAAAUUAUCGGAAACCACGAUGAGAUUUUGCACUUUUUAACGCCUUUUACCAUUUUUGAUAGCGAUAGAUUCCUCAGGAAAACUUAUUUACAAGCCUAUAAUUUCGUCCAGCCCGAUAUCGUUAUCUUUCUUGGAGAUCUCAUGGACGAAGCUCAUCGUGCUUCAAACCAAGAAUUUCAUCAAUAUGUUAGGAGAUUGUUAAAUAUAUUUUUGGAUACAUCAAGCUCAUCUACAGUGAGGCACAUUUGGCUACCCGGUGAUAACGACAUCGGUGGCGAAGAUUCCAUGAUUACUCAAGAAAAAAUUCGAAGGUUCGAACGAGCUUUCUCCCAACCGAAUCUCAUUACGUUCAGAAAUCUCAAUCUUUUCAAAAUCAAUCGAUUAAUCUCAGACAUUCCCGUAUAUAAAAGCAACAGAGACUUCUACAAUACAAGCAAUAUAUUCAUCGGUCUCAGUCACAUACCGUUGAUGUUCAAACCCUCUACCUUCGUAGAAAAGGUAAUUAAUAAAAUGAAACCGCAGAUAUUAUUCACCGCUCACGAACACAAAUCAAUAAUAAUCAAUGCUGAUGCUCACCUCCGUCAAAAUAUCCAUCUUACGCCCGUUACACCAGACAACAACGGCAUAUUCGAAUACACUUUAGGAACCGAAGACAUGUACGAAAUCAUCGUACCGACGGCCUCUUACAGGAUGGGAACCAGUAACGUUGGUUACGGUUACGCCGUUAUAGAAAAGAACAAUUUGAAGUACACUCUUUUGUGGUCUCCGUCCAGGUUCAACCAGCUUAAUUUAUAUUGUAUCUUAAUUUUUUUAUUCGUUUUAUAUUUUCUGUGUAGGUUAGUAGUCAAAUGCUUUAGAGUUUUAUGUUCAUUCCGAAGAAAGCUCUAAAAACCAAUGCUCUCAUCUCCGUCCAUUUCCAUGAAAUCAAACUAUUGGAAAAUAUGAAAUUAAAAAUUAUUUACAAAUUUGUCGUGUUUUUGUGUUAUUGGCCUCGAUA